AUGGGAUUUGGUGAACCAAACCCAAAACUUAAGAAAUCUAACCCUCCAUUCAUUUGGUAUCGGAACGUUCGUCAUCUAAAUAUCGGUGAUGUGGACAGAUACUCCAUCCAAUAUACCCAAGUACCGACAGAUAGUGAGUGUUCCGACGGACCAUCCGAUGAUCCUGAACUAUACUGGACAGACAAGCCAAAGGAGUACUUUUAUUUUAGAUUGAAGAACAUUGAAAAGUUACCUAUAAGAGCCUUACACUUACUUAGUGGUCCGUUCACACUCUAUUGUCAUGUUAUACCGUGUCAAUACCAUCAAGAGAAUUUGUUUCUGGCCCAUGACCCUAAAGUACAUGAGAUUGAAUUUGCUAAUCAAAUCCAACCAGGUCAAACAUUCAAUGUGAAGCUUCAUUUGAAUGUGAAUUCCCUAUUGAAAACAAAAAAUGAUGGAUCUAAAGUGUACCAAUGGGAAAUUGAAGUUGUUAGCCAGAUCAUUCAAAGUCGUCGUGCUGUUGUUAGUUAUGAUUUGAUGCUUGGAAGUGAUCUUAAAUAUAUGAAGAGAAUGCAUUCUAAAACUGCUUCUACGACUUUCUCUAUCCUUUCCAAACAAGAUUCAGCUUGGACAAAUGUGAGUACUAAAAUUGAGGAUGCGUUAUUAGCACAACUGUCCAAUCCUAAAUUGAAAGUUUCAAUGAAAGAUGCAGAUGAUCUUUGGUCCUUGGAUCCCAACGACCCAUCCAAACCCAUUCAUUUGGUGAUUGUGAACCAUGGAAUCCUCUCGAAUCUUACAGCAGAUAUGCUAUAUCUUCGUGAUUCCUUGAUAAGCAAAGUUGACGAUAAUUUGGUGGUCACAGGAUGUAGAUCUAAUGCUGGACGUACCGAAAGAGGAAUCAAGAAGCUUGGAAUAAACUCAGCUGAACAUGUCAUUGAAGUAAUACUGCAAUUGCAAAAGGAUAAGGGAUACACCAUUAAUAAGAUCUCAUUUGUAGGUCAUUCAUUUGGUGGUCCAGUACAAUUAUACUGUAUGAAACAUAUUUUGGAAACUCAAGGUACAAAUUACUUUCAACGACAGAAUAUCCAACCCACUCAUUUUGUUACAUUGGCAAGUCCACUCUUAGGAGUAGUCACAGAUCUUAGUCUUGUGUUCAAUUUGUUAUUAGAUGUGGGCACUUUGGGGAGAACAGGCAAAGAUUUGACUCUUCUGAAGCAAAUGCCCAGCUUAAAAGCCAAACAUAAGCCUGGAAGUUCUACAAGUAAUGUAACCCAUUCCCUACGUCCAAUUUUAGAAGAGCUACCCGAAGAGCCAGUCAAGACAUUGCUAGGCUCAUUCAAGACCUUAACAGUUUAUGCCAAUGCAAUUAAUGAUGGCAUAGUUCCCUUAAGAACAGGGGCCAUUUUGUACUUGGAUUAUAGAGCACUUGGAGAUGUUACAAAGUUACGACAUCAAAAGGUGACCCAACAGGAAAUACCCAGGUCAAGUAUUGAUGGUAAACAAGACAUUGGAGAAGCCACAGAGAUCCCAAUCGAAGGUAGUGGUGAUGCUGAUAAAGAAAAUGACACUACAAGUGAAGUUAGUAGUUCUAGCAAUACUGAAAAGUUUCAGUUCUUGAUGGGGUUGAAUUUGACUAAUGGGUUUGGCAAGGGAAGAGAUCUAAAGUUUGAUAAAUCGGUCAAUAAAACUAAAAAGAAACUUACCAAGAGACAACGGAAGUUUCUUAACUUUUCUGCCAAAGGUAUAAAUGUGGAAUCAAUAGGUGUGAACGAUGAGAAUGAUGAUGAAGAAACAGUUCAUGAUGAUGAGAUUGGUGGUAGUGGAAGCGGCGCAAGUGACACGACUGAUGAUUACAUUAAUGACCCUGAUACAAUCAACAUACCUCCUAAAGCCAAUACCAUUGAAUCGGCAAUCAAUAGUUUGAUUUGUCCUGUACCAUCCUACAAUUAUUUGGUUGAUCCUUCAUCUCGACCACCGGUUGUUUUUCAUGAUAAAAUCUAUUCUUCACGUAACAUCCCCUCCGAGGAAAAUGAUCCCCAUGUACUGGUAGUUUCUCGGAUACUUAACACCUCACGGAAGCGGUUAGUAGAGCAGAUAAAGAUUGCCAGGAAGUACCAUACUGAUGGGUUAGUGUGGAGGAAAGUAUUGGUUAGUCUUCCUCCAGAUGCCCAUAAUAAUAUCGUUGUGCGAAGACGGUUUCCUAAUGGGUAUGGCUGGGGAGUCAUUGACCAUUUGUGUCAAGAAGUCAUGAACGAAAAGCUUCGUCAAUGCAAGAUACUUCUUUCCUUUAUUGUCAUUGGAGCAGGCUUAAUUGGACCUCGGCAUGCCUCACAUUUGGUCACUCGUCCUGAUGUUCGGUUGUUUGCCAUAAUUGAUCAUUCUGCCAAAGGACCUCAAGUUGCCGCUCAAUUCAAUUGUCAUUUAUUUAAGAAUUUAGAUGAAAUGUUUGAUUAUUGUUGUUUCCAAAAUGAACCAUUACCAGAUGCUGCCAUCAUUGCUACUCCCAACCAUACUCAUGUCCCACUAGGUUUGAAAUUGGCUGCAAAGGGGAUUCAUCUCUUGGUCGAAAAACCUUUAGCUCCAACACCACAAGAUUGUAUGACAUUGAUCAAAUGUUGUCAACAUUAUAACGUCAAAUUACUUGUUGGACAUCAUAGACGAUUUAAUCCUUAUAUUGUUACCACCAAGGAGAAUUUGCAUCGAUUGGGAGACUUGGUGGCCAUUCAAGGUACGUGGUCCUUAAAAAAACCCGAUACGUAUUAUUCUGAGAAACCCUGGCGUAGUUCUAAGGAGUUGGGGGGUGGUACUAUGUUGAUUAAUCUUAUUCAUGAUUUGGAUCUUUUACAGUAUAUGAUGGGCCCAAUUGAUAAGGUUUAUGCUGAGUUAUUGAUGAAACAAAGAACUAAUCAUCCUAACAAUUUAGGUAAAGAAUAUUCCCAAUUGGUGGAUGAAGGUGCUGCCUUGACCCUUCGAUUUAAGAAUGGAUGUUGUGGUACGUUUAUUUGCUCAGAUAAUGUUACUUCACCCUUUUCCUUUGAAGCUGGAACCGGUGAAAACCCUACGAUCCCCUUUAAUGAUUCCAUAGCUGGAUUUUAUCGCAUCUUUGGUAGUGAAGGUACCCUCUCUGUACCUGAUUUGAAGUUGUAUCAUCAAUAUAACUUACCAGCCAGUUGUCGGAACUGGUUAAGCCCAGUACAAUGUGAGCAAGUGUUGAUAGAAGCUGAUACAAUGAAAUUACCUGGAAAGAAGGAGGAAUCUUCGUUAUCAUUAGCUGAGAUGGAAUUUGGAUUACCCACCCCAUUGAAUUCCCUUGAUGGCAAAUCCGAUGCUCCAAUUCAUCACCAUAAAACUGUUAAUAACAGCUAUGACAACAACAAUGAUAAUAAUGAUCCCAAAGAUUUGCUAAUGCCAUUUGACUUACAAAUUGAUCAUUUUAUCAACCUUAUCAAUGGCACUGAAACAAUAGUCAAAUGCUCAGGUGAAGAUGCCCUUCAAGCUCUCCUUUGUAUUGAUGCCGUUAUGAAAUCAGCAGAAACAGGAAUGCCCCAGUUUGUUGAAGAUAGUGACAUGAUUGAUAUCAAUCCUGGCUUCAUUGGGUUUGCUAUAUAA